AUGUUGGACAUCGUGCUCGACGUCGUGACGUCUACAUUGGCUGCCGCCAUCAAUGUCGAUGAUUUUCGACAUCACUUCCUAUGGGCUCUCAUCGUCGGAAUAUGUCUCGCUUUCCUUCUUGGUUUCGGUAUGGGCGCCAACGAUGUCUCGAAUGCAUUCGGAACUUCUGUUGGAUCUGGAGCCCUCACCCUCAUUCAAGCCUACCUCCUAGCCACAAUAUUCGAGACUCUAGGUGCAGUACUAGUAGGGUAUAAUGUGAUAGACACGAUGCGAAAAGGAGUUGUGGAUGUAGCAGUUUACAACAAUUCCGCCGGUGACUUCCUCAUCGGACAAGUCGCCGCGUUGGGAGGAACCGCCACGUGGCUUCUCAUCGCCACGUUUCUCCAUUUGCCGGUGUCGACGACUCACGCGGUGGUUGGAGCGACUCUCGGAUAUUCGAUUGCUUGUAAGGGAUUCCAGGGAAUUCAGUGGAUGAUGGUCGUGAAUAUUGUUGCUUCUUGGUUCAUCUCACCAAUAUUUUCCGGAUGCGUUUCGCUUAGCUUGUAUCUUUUCGUGGACCACGUCAUAUUGAGAACGUCCAACCCGGUUGCCAAUGGACUUAUGUGGCUGCCUAUCUUCUACUUUGUGUGCUUGACAUUCAACAUGUUUAUGAUCUCCUAUCAAGGAUCGAAAGUGCUCCAUCUCUCUACAGUACCCCUCUGGAUAGCGAUACUGAUUAGUUUGGCAGCUGGAAUUAUUGCAGCGGGAGUAUGUCACUUUUUGAUUGUGCCAAGUAUACGAAAGUAUAUAGCCAAAGGAAAACAAGCGGACACCCGACAAUCCAAUGCUUCCUCUGUUGUGAUAUCUGUGACAGAAGACCCGGAAAUUGAUAAAGUGGCGAUUCGAAGUGGUUCAACUACUACAUGUAGUAGUGAUUCGGAUUCAGUGCAGUCACCUCCAACACCACCAGGAAAAGCGAAGAAGUUUAUUACAUGGCUUCUGCCGAACAAGGAACGAACAGAAAGUCAGGACACAUUGAGAAUGUUCACUUCAGUGCAAACAUUGACAGCUUGUUUUGCUGGUUUUGCUCACGGAGCCAACGAUGUCUGCAACGCCAUCGCGCCUCUCGUGGCUCUCAUCGCCGUUUACCGGGACUUCGAUGUGUACCAAAAGAAGGAAACUCCGCUGUACGUCCUUCUCUACGGAGUGUUGGCCAUCUGCGUCGGACUUUGGUGUCUUGGACAUAAGGUCAUUCGAACAGUGGGCACCAAAAUGAGUGAUGUCAACCCGGCGUCUGGAUUCUGUAUCGAAUUCGGAGCCGCCGUGACAGCGCUCCUCGCCUCGAAACUCGGUCUUCCCAUCUCUACAACUCAUUGUUUGGUUGGUGCAGUGGUGGCUGUUGGAAGUGUGAAAGGAGGCAAAUCAAUCGAUUGGGGACUCUUCCGAAAUGUGGCAUUCUCAUGGGUUGUGACGCUUCCGGUCGCAGGAGGAUUCGCCGCUCUCUACAUGUGGCUUCUUCACUUUACGAUUCCUGCACAAUACGCAUAA